AUGUUGGCAGAAGUCUUGAGCGGCUUCUUUUUCCUUGCGGCAGGUUUCGCCCAAGGUCAACCAUGGGAUUUUGUGCUAUUAAUGCUGAGCUCAGGAUCGCAGGCGGGGGAACAGCUGGUCUUACACUCGCUGCACGUUUCUCCGAGAUCCCCUCGUCCAAUAUCCUGGUUCUCGAAGGAGCUGCAGCCGUAUUACAAGAAAUCAGAGCAGUUUGUGACUUCAUCAAAGGAGGUCAAGCACGAUCUAGGAGUCCAGUUUCUUGACGAGACAGUGCAUGGGAAGAAUGGACCAAUUGUAAACUCCUUUCCAGAAGUCUACGGCCCGUUCCAGAAGACAUGGGCGAGAACAUAUGAGAAGCUGGGCCUAGGGGUCACCGGAGACCCGAGAGGAGGACUUUCUUUGGGCGGCUUUGCUUAA